AUGCCUCGUUAUCCUUUUGAAGAUGAAGAUGAACCCUUUCGAAAAGCUUUUCGAGAAAGGAGAAGUAAUUUGAAUGGUCAAGGAGUGAUUGUGUAUGAUUUCCAGUCACACAUUACCUAUUUGAGAAAACCUAGACAACAAACUAUUAAAUGUUCUUUUUGCAAGCAAGAUACAACUAUUGGUCUUCCCUGCUGGAAUUGCAGCACUCUUGCUUUUCCAAAAUAA